AUGACUUCCACUGCACUGCCCGCGGAGGCAGUCCUUCGUCGGCUGGCAACCGCCGACUCAACACCCACCUCGUCUGCCAACAUCUCACCUCUCGAUAGUCCGAGAUCCUCCCCUUCCUCCACCUCGCUGUCGUCGCUUGCCUCAGAAGAUGCUCCCACUCAGCCUCCCAAACAGAGCCUUGAAAAGAAGCAGCUGCUCGAUACCUAUGGCAACCCCUUCGAGGUGCCCGACUUCACCAUCAGCGAUAUCCACAAAGCCAUCCCUAAGCAUUGCUUCCAAAGAUCUGCCGCCACCGGUCUGUACUAUGUUGCUCGAGACAUCGCCUCUCUCGCCGCUACCUUCUAUCUCUUCAACCGCUUUUUGACCUCGGAGAAUGUACCGUCCACCCCCGUAAGAGCUGGUUUGUGGUUUGUAUACACCGUUGUACAGGGCCUUUUCGGUACCGGUCUGUGGGUGCUGGCCCACGAAUGCGGGCAUCAGUCAUUCUCGACCAGCAAGAUCUUGAACGACACAGUUGGCUACAUCUGCCACACUGUACUCCUGGUGCCAUACUUCUCCUGGAAAAUCUCUCAUGGCAAGCAUCACAAAGCCACCGGUCACAUGGAACGAGACAUGGUCUUCGUCCCGGCGACCAAAGAGCAAUACUGCACCCGACGAGGAUGGCUGCUCCACCAGCUCGAUGAGCUUACUGAGGAGACUCCAAUUGCGACUGCAUACCAUUUGAUCAGCCAACAACUUUUUGGCUGGCCAAUGUACCUGAUCACCAACGUCACCGGUCACAACAAGCACGCGGUUCAACGUGAGGGUCGCGGGGUCGGCAAGCACAACGGGUUUGGAGGUGGAGUCAACCAUUUUGACCCGGCCAGCCCAUUGUAUGAGGCCAAAGAUGCCAAGUUGAUUUUCUUGAGCGAUCUGGGUCUUCUCGCAGUUGGAAGCAUUCUCUUCUGGGUCGGCAGAACUUAUGGUCUCUCCAAUCUGUUUGUCUGGUACAUUGCUCCUUACUUGUGGGUCAAUCAUUGGUUAGUGGCGAUUACUUUCCUGCAACACACGGAUCCUUCUCUUCCCCACUAUACUCCCGAGAUGUGGACAUAUACCCGUGGAGCCGCAGCCACCAUUGAUCGAGAAUUUGGGUUCAUUGGGCGCCAACUGUUCCACGGAAUCAUCGAAACCCACGUCCUUCACCAUUAUGUGAGCACCAUUCCGUUCUACAACGCUGAUGAAGCCAGCGAGGCCAUCAAGAAGGUGAUGGGUCGUCACUAUCGCAGUGAUACCAAGGAGGGGUCUCUGGGUUUUUUGAAAAGCUUGUGGAAGUCGAUGAGAUGGUGUGGCUGGGUUGAACCCAUGGAGGGCGCCACUGGGGAAGCUGCGGGCGUGCUGUUCUUUCGCAACAGGAAUGGGUUAGGAGUGUCUCCUUCUAAGACGCCGAAAUCUGCUGCAUCGUGA